AUGCUCUCUGCAGAGGCCCUAGUGCUCCUGGGAAUUCUGCUGACCGCCCAUCCAGCAGGUGGCCAAGACCCGCACUCGCUGUCCUGGGAAGUGCAACGCUACGAUGGCUGGUUCAACAACCUGCGGCACCACGAGCGCGGUGCUGCUGGUGUGCGGCUGCAGCGCCUGGUACACGCCAAUUACGCAGACGGCGUGUACCAGGCCCUGGAAGAGCCGCUUCUGCCCAACCCGCGCCGGCUCAGCGAAGCAGCCACGCGGGGCACGGCUGGCCGGGCAUCCCGGGGCAACCGCACCGUGCUGGGACUCUUCUUUGGCUACCACGUGCUGUCCGACCUGGUGAGCGUGGACAGACCCGGCUGCCCCGCCGAGUUCCUCAACAUCCACAUCCCGCCCGGAGACCCUGUGUUCGACCCCCACAGCCGCGGGGACGUGGUCCUGCCCUUCCAGAGGAGCCGCUGGGACCCCCAGACCGGCCAGAGCCCCAGCAACCCCCGAGACCUGACCAACCAGGUGACCGGCUGGCUGGACGGCAGCGCCAUCUAUGGCUCUUCGCACUCCUGGAGCGACGCGCUGCGGAGCUUCUCCGGGGGGCAGCUGGCGUCGGGGCCGGACCCAGACUUCCCGCGGGACGCGCAGAACCCGCUGCUCAUGUGGGUCGCGCCGGACCCGGCCACGGGAGAUCACGGGCCCCGGGGGCUGUACGCCUUCGGGGCGGAGCGCGGGAACCGCGAGCCCUUCCUGCAGGCGCUGGGCCUGCUGUGGUUCCGCUUCCACAACCUGUGCGCGCAGAGGCUGGCGGCCGCGCACCCGCGCUGGGACGACGAGCAGCUGUUCCAGCACGCGCGCAAGCGGGUCAUUGCCACCUACCAGAACAUCGCCAUGUAUGAGUGGCUGCCCAGCUUCCUUGGGAAGACGCCCCCCGCCUAUGCAGGGUACCGCCCUUUCCUGGACGCUAGCAUCUCUCCAGAGUUCCUGGCGGCUUCUGAGCAGUUUUUCUCCACCAUGGUGCCCCCUGGCGUCUACAUGAGAAAUGCCAGCUGUCAUUUCCAGAAGAUCCUGAACCCAGACAAUAGCAGUUCCCCAGCGCUCAGAGUCUGCAAUAGUUACUGGAUUCGAGAGAAUUCCAAUCUGAAUAGUAGCCAGGCAGUGGAUCACUUGCUGUUGGGAAUGGCCUCCCAGAUUUCAGAGCUGGAAGACAGAAUGGUUGUUGAAGAUCUGAGAGAUUACUGGCCUGGCCCUGGCAAGUUCUCCCGCACGGACUACGUGGCCAGCAGCAUCCAACGUGGCCGAGAUAUGGGGCUACCCAGCUAUAGUCAAGCCCUGCAGGCCUUUGAGCUAAAGGCUCCAAAGAACUGGACUGAACUCAACCCACAUGUGGACCCCGAGGUACUAAAGGCCAUAGCUGCCUUGUACAACCAGGACCUAUCUCAGUUGGAGCUGCUCCCUGGGGGGCUCCUGGAGAGCCAAGGGGACCCUGGACCCCUCUUCAGUGCCAUUGUGCUUGACCAGUUUGUGCGGCUGAGGGAUGGUGACCGGUACUGGUUUGAGAACACUAAGAAUGGGCUGUUUUCUGAGGAGGAAAUUGCAGAGAUAAGAAACACUACUCUGCGAGAUGUGGUGAUGGCAGUCACCAAGGUGGCUCCGAGUGCCCUGCAGCCCAAUGUCUUUGUCUGGCAUGAAGGAGCCCCCUGCCCUCAGCCCCGGCAGCUCACGACUGAAGACUUGCCCCGCUGUGUGUCUCUAACUGAGUUGGACUAUUUUAAGGGCAGCGGGCCUGGCUUUGGCAUCACUAUCGUGGCUCUCUGCUGUCUUCCACUAGUGAGUCUGCUUAUUUCUGCACUGGUGGCCCACUUCAGGCGCCGAGAGCUCAAGAAGUUACAAAAGAAAGGCAGAGAGAGCAUGAAGAAGGAAACACACAGAGACGGGGUGCCAGCCAUGGAGUGGCCAGGCCCCAAGGACAAGAGCUAUCCCGUCACCAUCCGGCUGCUCCCAGAUGAGGGGCUGCAGGUCCUGGACCAGCGUCUCACCGUGCUCCGCACUGUUCAGCUGCGGCCCCCACAGCAGGUCAACCUCAUCUUGUCCAGCAACCGUGGCCGCCGCACCCUACUGUUCAAGAUCCCCAAGGAGUAUGACCUUGUGCUGCUAUUUAACUCCGAGGACGAGCGGGCUGCCUUGGUGAAGCAGCUGCAGGACCUCUAUGCGUGCUGGGUGCUGGACUUGGAGCUGGCUGAGCUGGCUGAGGAGGAGCUGUUCCGGAAGGCCGUGACCAAGCAGCAGCGGGGCCGCAUCCUAGAGGUCUUCUUCAGACAUCUUUUUGCCCAGGUGCUGGACAUCAACCAGGCCGACGCGGGGACGCUGCCCCUGGACUCGUCCCAGAAGGUGCGGGAGGCCCUGAUGUGUGAGCUGAGCAGAGCCGAGUUCGCUGAGUCCCUCGGCCUCAAACCCCAGCACAUGUUUGUGGAGUCCAUGUUCUCUCUGGCUGACAAAGACGGCAAUGGUUACCUGUCCUUCCGGGAGUUCCUGGACAUCCUGGUGGUGUUCAUGAAAGGUUCCCCAGAGGACAAGUCCCGCCUGAUGUUCACCAUGUAUGACCUUGAUGCGAAUGGCUUCCUCUCCAAGGAUGAAUUCUUCACCAUGAUGAGCUCCUUCAUUGAGAUCUCCAACAACUGCCUGUCCAAGACGCAGCUGGCUGAGGUGGUGGAGUCCAUGUUCCGGGAGUCGGGCUUCCAGGACAAGGAGGAGCUGACAUGGGAGAACUUUCACUUCAUGCUGCGGGACCAUGACAGCGAGCUCCGGGCCACACAGUUGUGUCUCAAAGAUGGAGGUACCUUACCCCUAUACUAUCUCUCUGGUCCUCCAGGAGAUAUUUUUAAACCCAACAUCAGUUGUCGAGUCUCAUUCAUCUCUCGGACGCCUGCAGGAUGCUCCAGAUCCCAGGGAGUGGGGCUCCCUAUGUCAGAAACCCCAGAGCUGCAUGGCCCGAGGCUGAAGAAGAGGUUUGAUAGAAAGUCUGUGGGGCCUCGCCCCCAGCUGUACACAGAAGCCCAGCAGGAGAAGAUGCAACGGGGCUUCCUGGUCCAGAAGCUGAAGCAGUAUAAGCGCUUUGUGGAGAACUACCGUCGGCACAUAGUCUGUGUGGCAGUGUUCUCCGCCAUCUGCGCUGGCCUGUUUGUGGAACGCGCGUAUUACUAUGCCUUUGCCUCACCACCCUCGGGCAUUGCAGAGGUCACCUUUGUGGGCAUCAUCCUGUCCCGGGGCACGGCGGCCAGCAUCUCCUUCAUGUUCUCCUACAUCCUGCUCACCAUGUGCCGCAACCUCAUCACCUUCCUGCGCGAGACCUUCCUUAAUCGAUACGUGCCCUUCGAUGCUGCUGUGGAUUUCCAUCGCUGGGUUGCCAUGGCUGCUGUCAUCUUGUCUAUUUUGCACAGUGUCGGCCACGUGGUCAAUGUCUACAUCUUCUCAGUCAGCCCCCUCAGCCUGCUGGCCUGCGUCUUCCCCAGCGUCUUUGUGAAUGACGGGUCCCAGCUUCCCCAGAAGUUCUACUGGUGGUUCUUCCAGACUGUCCCAGGGGUGACAGGGGUGCUCCUACUCCUGGUCCUGGCCAUCAUGUACAUCUUCGCUUCCCACCACUUCCGGCGCCGCAGCUUCAGGGGUUUCUGGCUGACCCACCACCUCUACAUCCUGCUCUAUGUGCUGAUCAUCAUCCAUGGCAGCUUAGGCCUGAUCCAGCUGCCCCGUUUCCAUAUCUACUUCCUGGUGCCAGCACUCAUCUAUGGGGGUGACAAGCUGGUGAGCCUGAGCCGGAAGAAGGUGGAAAUUGGAGUGGUGAAGGCAGAGCUGCUGCCCUCAGGAGUCACCCACCUGCAGUUCCAGCGACCCCAAGGCUUUGAGUACAAGUCGGGACAGUGGGUGCGGAUCGCCUGUCUGGCUCUGGGGACUGAUGAGUAUCACCCCUUCACGCUGACAUCUGCACCCCAUGAGGACACUCUCAGCUUACAUAUCCGGGCAGUAGGACCCUGGACCACUCGCCUCAGGGAGACCUAUUCAACCCCGCUGGGUGACACUUAUGCCAGAUACCCAAAGCUGUAUCUUGACGGGCCAUUUGGAGAGGGCCACCAGGAGUGGCACAAGUUUGAGGUGUCCGUGCUGGUGGGAGGGGGCAUUGGGGUCACCCCCUUUGCCUCUAUCCUCAAAGACCUGGUCUUCAAAUCAUCCUUGGGCAGUCAAAUGCUCUGUAAAAAAAUCUACUUCAUCUGGGUGACGCGGACUCAGCGGCAGUUCGAGUGGCUGGCCGACAUCAUCCGGGAGGUGGAGGAAAAUGACAGCCAGGACCUGGUGUCCGUGCACAUUUACAUCACUCAGCUGGCCGAGAAGUUCGACCUCAGGACCACCAUGCUGUACAUCUGUGAGCGGCACUUCCAGAAGGUGCUGAACCGGAGUCUGUUCACGGGCUUGCGUUCUGUCACCCACUUUGGCCGUCCUCCCUUCGAGCCCUUCUUCAACUCCCUGCAGGAGGUCCACCCGCAGGUGCGAAAGAUUGGGGUGUUCAGCUGCGGCCCCCCAGGGAUGACCAAGAAUGUAGAGAAAGCCUGUCAGAGCAUCAACAGGAAGGACCAGGCCCACUUCAUGCACCACUACGAGAACUUCUGAGCUCAGCCUCCGUGACUCCCACUUUCUUACUAUGGGGCCUGCCACUAGCACUUUCUCUGUCAGAAUCUACCAAGGCCUCAAGUGCAGAGCUGGAAGGACCUCUCCCUCAUUGUCCCUCUGUCCCAUGCACUGAGAAGCUAGAAAAGAUCUCUCCAGCUCAAGUCACAGCAGGUUGUGAUGAACACAGUGUGCAGAAUCAAUCCCUGCCCUCAAAAGUCAUGAGAUCCAACUGCAUGUGCCCAGUGUCUCUGCCUAACUCCCACAAAAUCCAUCCAUGAC